CAAGAGACUAACGAUUUAAUGUCGCCAUUGGAAAAGUUGGCUCUGAACAACAGUCAAAUUUCACCUUCAAUGCUGCCAUUAAUUUUGGCCACUGUCUGGAUAGUGAGAUAUGAUUUUGCCAUUUACACGGUGUCGGCUAUAACAAUGGGCCAGUAUGCCAGCGACCAGCGAAAGCGUAACAUGCACAACGAAUUGAUUGAUCGAAUUCUCAAGGACACCAUGAAUCCUUAUGGAAUUAUCACAUAUUUUGUGGAGGGUGAAAUGUAUCCCAAUGAAGAUUUUCGUGCACCCAGUAGUCAUGAAGAAGCUAUGAGGAGAUUUUUCAAAUACUAUGCAAAUCGGUUAAAGUGUAUAUGGUUUAUGGAUAGCAUGGAGUCGUAUAUAAAAUUUGAGAAGAAUCUCCUUCAUCCUCAUCGUGAUUUCCAUCGCAAUGGCUUCUUCUUUUUGGUCUAUACUGGUUCUGAGCCAAAUCGCUUGGCCACCAUACGCAAGAUCUUCCGACGCCUGUUCUAUUUGUAUGUGGCUCAUGUCAACGUCAUGAUGAUGGUUGACAAUGAUGUCCAUGUCUACACGUACUUUCCAUUUACCGCACGAAAAUGUCAUUCGCCAGAGCCGGAACUGCUGUUGACAUUUCGUGGCAUUGAUACGGAUCCAAAUUUCAACAUAACCGAACAUUUAUUCACCAGCAAAGUAGAAAAUAUGAAUGAGUGUCCCUUGACUAUUGUCUCAUGGCCAUAUGCUCCAUUUAUAAUGAUCGAUAAAGAUCCGAGUACGGGUGUAGUGAGAUCGGUGCAUGGUGUAGAAGGUUCACUGCUGACAUUACUUUCACAUCGCAUGAAUUUUACAAUCAAUGUAAAGGAACCCGAUCCAAGGGAAGCAGGGGAGAUUUUUCCCAAUGGCACCGCUACUGGGGCAAUGAGAAUGAUACUGCAACAGGAGGCCAAUAUCACAGCUAUAGCCUACAUUUACAGCCCCGAGCGUUCGGAGAAAUUGCUGCCGAGUGAUAGUUAUCUAACAUUGACCGUCGUGCUGGCCAUGCCUCUGGGCAGGCCAAUGACACCAUUUGAACGACUAAUCAAACCAUUUCGUUACAUUAUUUGGUCCUGCUUUAGUUCAAGUUUUCUUUUUGCCAUACUCUGUAUAUACUACAUCAAAUUCCUGGGCAGAUCGAGGUUAAUGAUUUUCAUAUAUGGUCAGGGAAAUCGUAUCCCAUUUACCAACCUCUUGAGUACCCUCUUUGGGGGCGUCGUUUUCGGUCAGAUGCCGCAAAGGAAUUUUGCCCGCUAUAUAUUGAGUAUUUGGUUGUUGUACACAUUCGUUCUACGUUCCGCCUAUUCGGGAGCGCUGUUUCAAAUCCUCCAGGAUGGUCGUGGAAAAAAUAAUCUUCAGACACUGGAUCAGGUGGUGGAACAUAAUUACACGAUUUACACGUCACGCGUUAUGGAGAGUGUCAUGAAGUUUGCCCUGCCCAAGGCAACUGUACGUCAGUAUGAUGAGGUGAAUACCUUGCAAAAUUUACUGGAGACCAUUAGUGAGCCGGAUAGUAAGGAUAAAAUUGCAUUGUGCCUUUUCGAUUUAACCGUCAAAUAUUACUAUCAAUUGAAUCCAACUCGACGUGUCCAUAUCCUAAAACAGCCGAUCAUGUCAACACCGAUUAUUUUCUAUAUGCCACGUCAUAGUUAUAUGCUACUGCACACAAGUGGCAUCAUACUGAGGUUGGUCCAAUCGGGUUUGAUAAAACGUUUUGUGAAAUUCAAUGUUUAUGCUUCGUCCAGAGAUAAUGUGCGAAAAAGCGAAUAUGUCGCAUUGUCUUUGGAUGUUUUAAUUGGCCUCUACUGGGUCUAUGGGUUUUUGAUUUUUCUUUGUAUUUUAAUUUUUAUUUUGGAAAUAUUGGCGAGAAAAAGUGGGAAAUUGAGAAAAGUGAUGGAUUUUUUAAAUUUGUAA